AUGGAUCCCGGCAAUGCGGUUGUGGCCGCCGACCUCCAAUCCGGCGUUGGUCCAUCUCCGACCUUGCCCAUCUUUACGCUCAAUGGCCGCGUUGUGAUCGUUACCGGCGGUGCCAGUGGCCUUGGGCUCGUCAUGAGCAAGGCCAUCGUCGAGUCCGGCGCUAACCUCGCUAUCGUUGAUAUCAAUAGUUGA